UUGUUUUUUCAGACGCGACUCUGCUACGUUUGUUGUCGUCAUGAGCACCAGAACUCCGAGGAACCUCCUGCUACCGCCGAUUCGGACUACAGACCGUUUUCCUUUGAUGACCAACGGCAGGCAACAGCUGCUGAUGCUCCCGGUGAUUCGUCCGACGGCAGUCCCCACGGUAGCAGCAGCGCCGUGCCAGUCCAGUCCCUACCACCACCAUCACAGCGGCGAACCACGGAUACUACGGAUUUCUGGCAGCAUGUUUUUGACUGCAUGCUCAGCCGCCAUUUGGCCCUGCUGAAGGUAGAUUCCGCUAGCACGGAAGUCGUCGCCACCGCCGACGUCUGCGAGGCACCUGAUGAGGCUGAUGCGGUCACUGAGGAGACGUUGGCAGCGGUUGCUUUAUCAUCGUCUGCUGCUCCUCCCACCUCACCCUCUCUGUCCACCACCCCGCCAACUAUGUCGUCCGCCCUCCCUCCUACACCCUGCGAAACUUCCCAGCCCCCUAAGAUGCCUAGACUGGAACCGCCUGUCACGCCUGUCCUCAAAACUUCUCCAACCACUGGUUCUGUUCCGACGCUUUCGCCCCAGGUGCCGCCUCCAACCACCGGCACCACGUCCACGGUGCCCCCGAGUAAUGGCAGAGUUGGGAGGUCAAUCUCAGUUCCGAACGGUGAAGAGACAACUUCAACGCUGUAA